GUGACUUGACACACGGGGCUGAGUGAGCCCAGCAUGUACCAGAGUCUCCCCAACCAGCGCCCAGCUUUAAAACAAGGACCUGACGGUGAGGAAAUGGCGUUGUUUACCAGUUUAAACUGCGUUUAUCAUUUCGACAAAGAGGACGGGAGCUUUGAAAAGCGGCGGGAAGAUUGUGAAGCGUAGUUUGCGUACAGCAGAAAGAAAGAAGGAGUUGAGAGGAGUGAGCUCACUGCCUGGAGGAGUCAACACUGCGGCAAGAGCCCAGCAUCAUGAAACUGAAUCCUCAACAAGCUCCACUCUAUGGAGAGUGUGUGUUGACUGUUCAGCUCGACGAUGAUGAUGUGUGUCGUGCUGAUGGAGAAGAGGAGGAAGAGGAGGAGGUGGAGUUUUAUCUUUUAUUCUCAGGAUCCACACAAAGACAUCUGACCAGCACACUGCGGGUCAGUCACGUCACUCUGCAGGCCGUGUGUCCAGCCCAUAAUGUGUGUGAGCAGGUCUUGGUGACAUUAUGUUUGGCUCAGCCUGGUGGACCAGUGGACACACACUCACAGGAGACCUUCUGCUUUGUACAGGACUUGGCUCUCGACAUGGCCCACCUCCUGCUUAGAAACACAGCUCCACAUGAAGAAUUACUAUUGGACGACGAGCAGAUUCCACUGAAAGACUGUGAGAGGUUGGAUCAGAGCCUCGCCCUGGCCCUGAAUCACCUCACCCUGCCCCACCAGAGGAAUGCACCAGGAACACCCUUUCACACUCACACACAGCCAGAUAUGGACAAACAGAUGGGUGACCAAACACAAACCCUCACAGACACAAAUACACACAGUGACGCAGAGAGACACAAGGAAACCUGGAUGGACGUACCCACGCUGCUGGACAGCUGCAGCGCUGCGUCUCAGUGCCAGCAGCUCUCCAGCCUGCUGCACUUAGCAGCCGGUCACGGUCUGAGGACGGUGGCAUCGUUCCUCCUGCAGCAGCCAGGAGGCAGGGAGGCACUGAGGAGGCCCAGCGCUCAGGGACUAACUCCAGCAUGUCUGGCAGAGAGAAGAGGACAUGAGCAGCUGGUGGAACUCUUCACACAGUAUGAGACAUCCCCAACUGUCCAAGUGGAACCAAAGGAGCAGCCGCACUUUUACCCAGAAGGCCGAGUGUUUCAGCACCAUUCAACUCUCGGUACCUACACCCUAACAUUCCCCAGCCUCCAUCAGAAGGAGGCGGGGGCAGAGACACAGAGCAGUCAAGACUGCUGCUUACAGGAAGAGGUGAAGGAGCUGAGGAGACUUAUUCGACUUCACAGAGACAAAAAGGCAAACUCAGAUUUUGUUGGUACCGUUGCACAUACCUCCACAUCCCUCUUCACCGAUGAUGAACCAAUCAGCCCCGCCUGUGAGCUGCAGCCCUGCUCUAACAGCCAGCAAGAGAGCAAGCAGGAUGCUGGCCCGGCCGUGGUAACCAUAGAGAACUGUAGCACAACAACAGAAGAACAAGGAAGUCCUCCGUCAUUGGAGGACGUAACACAAAGGGAGGACUCUGCUGUUGUCACUCAUACAUCCUGUACCAGUGGAAGUCUUUGUCAGAGCCAGGAAGCUGGGGGAAAACAGAAGGGUACACCAGCUGCCAACUCUGGCAGUAAUAACUCUGGCCGUAAUAGGAAAAACAGAAAGAGAUCUGCAAAGACCACAAGGCAUGCUACAGAAUUUCCACAAAAUUACAGAAGCGCCCCAGUGGCCAGUAAAGGGACUGCAUGGAGCCCCAUAAAGACAACAGGAAGCAGAACAGAGACAGAUGGAAUUCUUUCACCCAGUGAACCAGCAGUGGCAUCUCUGAUUGAUGACGGAGGAGCUACAGAAACUCUGUGUAGUCCCAGAACAGAAGAGACUCCAUCACCCAUAAAGCCAGGGCCUGCACCAGGUGGGAAGUGCGCUGACAGGAAGGCCUUGCCAACCACCAUCAUCGAAGAAAAACAGGAAGGAGAGAAGUGGGAAGUUGACCUGCUGAUAUGUGAGCGAGUUGUAGAGACAGAACACGGAGACACUGAAAGUCUCCCAGCAAAAGAAGCUAAAUUUAACUUGGCUCUGGAAUCAGCUGCAGAGAGGACAGUAACCAUGGGUCAGGAACAAUCACAGGAUCCACGGGAAAGCCAGUCAGACCCAGAGGAGCCAAGCCAACCUGACACGAACAAGAGCUGUCAGUCUGGUAGGAGGACCAACCCAACAUCCCCAGACACAGAAAGAAAACCCUGCAGAGGGCUGUGGGACGGAGGCUGGAUUGGAAGCAGAAUGGGAUCACUCCCACAUGGACCAGAAACGGUAGCAAAAACAGUUUGGUAUGAGGGUGAAAACAUAGACCAGGGUGUCAGUGAAGACUGGAACAGAAAGGAACCCAACUCCCAGACAGUUUGGUAUGACAGUGACACAAUGGAUCAGAGAAAACAGGAACAGUUGGAGCAGGGAAUGAGAGAGCAGAAAGAAUGUGAUUUGAGCUCACCCCAAACUUCUGGUCUCAGUUCUCCACAGCUGUUAGAACAGAGUCUAAGCUCUCAUCAACUGUCUGCAACUCUUAGUCAGCCACAUGCUGCUGGAACGCAGCCAGUUCAGUCACAUGGGCCUAGUGCACAAAGACGGGAAGUACAUGGAUCACAGCUAGAGGAGGAAGUAGGGCCAGAUUGUAAGGAGGGAGGAGUGGAGGGAGACAGAGAGGAGGUCAGUAACAGAGAGACGAAUUACAGCAGACAGAGUUCUGAAACAACAGGCAUCGAAGAGCGAGGAGAAGACAAGCAAGGGAACGAAGAGAAAGGAGCAAAGGGUAAAAAAAAGAGGAGAAAGAAGAGGGGGAAGAGAGGAGGCGCAGAGGCCAAGCUUAGCUCCAGCUCUAGUAUAGAGUCCCAGAGUCAGUCAGAGAUCCAGACACAGAGGGAACAAGUGACAACCCUGAACACGCAGUCAGAAACAGAGUCAGAAGCCAAGGAUAAAACAGGAAGGGCAGAUAUUCAGUCUCCCAGUGCUCCUGAGCCAACCCGGAGAGAGGAAGCUGACAAGGACGCCAUGCAUCUACCCAGGCAGACAGAGGGCGAGACCAGGGACAUUCGUGGACCUGCCUGUGAUGUUACAAAUUUAGGAGCUGGUUAUAAGACUCCAGAGUUUAGUCCGACAGACCACGGAAGAACAGAUGUGACUGAAGUCACAGCUCCACAGACACUGGAAACAAAGGAGUUAUCAGAGGAUGAGAGCAUGAACUGUCAUUCACCUGAUCACUUUAACCCCCAUCCUGCUGUCAUCGCUGACAUCAGUGAGCCCGACAUAGGGGAAAUUACAGCUGUACAACUAAUUGGAAAGGAAGCGCUUGACCCUGAAGAACUGGAAUUAAAAGGCUUUGCCAAGGCAGUCCAGCAUAAAGUGCAUAACAGUGUGGAGUCAAAGGUUUUGCCAGAAAAGAAGGAUUUGGCAGUUUCUGGUGAAGCUGUAGCGUGCGUGGACCAGACAGGUUUGGUGGAAUCUGAUCGUCCAAAGGAACUUCCUGUCGAACAUUCAGACCCUACAGAAUUCACAGAGGACUCGUUUCUUAUGGAAUUUCCUGAAGAGAAUACACAAAAUGUACAAUCUGUGGACUUGGACAAACCAGUACAGCCUGCGGAUCCCACGGGAAGACCUGUAGAAUUCAUGGAAUCCGUGCAUCCUACAGAAGCUGGGGGUCUGCCAUGUGAAGGUACAGCGGAUGUGUCACCACUUCAAAAAGGGGAAGGAAGGGCUGAGACGACUCUGAGUGGAUAUUUAGAGCAUUGUUUGGCCUCUGAGAUGAUGAGAGAUGAGCAGAACAAGGGGGAAAAGAGAAAUGAGUUGUGGACGGAUGAAGAGAAAGAGGGUAAGGAAAUGAGUCGGGAGAGGAGGAGUGAAGAAACUGACAGUGGGAUGGUGUACAGCAAGGUAGAGGGCGAGGAGUUUCCUUCCUCAGACAGAGUGAAAGAGCAGGAGUACAACAAAGCCUUAGCAGCCACAGCGGUGGCGGUUGUAACAGUAGCAAUAGCAUCAGCCAUGUCUAGCAUAGAGCUGAGGCAACAGUUCGCAGACAGUCAGGCUCAGGAUCGAGAAACAGCAAAUAAUCAACCAUUAGCACAGCAUGGCAGUGUACCAACUGAUACAUUAAAGAAGCUGUCAGACAAUUUACUCAACACAGUUCAUUCCACACAACUGUCUGCACAGCUGAUGGACAAAGAAAACCGUCAACUGUUAGCUAUGGCACCAGCUGAGACAGAAAAGCAACCUGGAGAACAUUCAAAUGUUAAACUUACUGAUGAGUUCACCCCUGAAGAGCAAGCUAGUGUUGAAAUAUCAGAGUCGCACUGUAAGACUGAGACAGAAAAUAUACCAGCAACACCGCCAACUAGCAACCAGCAGGCUAACCUGUCAGAACUGGCAGACAACCUUAGUUUAGCACAACACCACAAAGAGGAAACUGAAACGUUAUGUUCACUAACUAAAGAAGAGGAAAGCAUGCUACAGGUUAAUAUUAAACCUUUGCCAGAAGCAAAUGAAAUGACUGCAGACAGCCAAGGUCACAUGCAGCUCCCCUGUCCUGUUGUAGACACAGGACAGCAUCCAGAGGCUUCUGACACAUCAGGUCCUGAUUCUGAGGAGAAUCACAAGCUAGGUGAGCACAGAACCCCCCGACCUGAGUCUGUCUGUCAGGAAGAGAAUGGGAUUCAAGCAGAGAGUGACGGACAGCAGUUAGAUUCACAUUUUCAACAGAACCAGACCCGUGACAGAGAUGAUAGUGACCCUGCAGAAUCCAUAGCUGCUGAGGGUGAGGUAGUAAGGCAGACACGUGAGCAGUGUGAGGCAGAGGGAAGUGAGAGCUGCGAAAAUGGUUUCUCAGGCACAUCUGGCUCGGACUGUCAGGAAAAAGAGCAGAGGAGUGAUCCACGCCUGGACGAGCAGGUUGAAACACCGUGUGAAGGGGAGACUCCUACUUUCGUUUUUUCUUGCGAUGCAAUGCUUCCUGUUACACCCUGUGACUUCACUCCUGUGGCUGAUCCCGGUUCAGAGGAACCAACUGGCCCUCUGACAGGCCAGUACCAGUCACCCCACUCAUACGAGGACAUGGAGCUUGUCCCCUCCGUCCCUUUUGAGGCUGACAGUGGCACGUUCCAGAGCAAAGGUCAGGAGUCCGUCACAGUGCAUAACGAGGACUGUGUGUCUGAAGACUCAGGCGCUGUGGAUACAGUUGAUGGAUGGAAGGAGAGAGAAAGGAUUAAGAUGACAAGUGGAGAGGAAGCCAGGGAAGAGAUGGUCACAGUGGAGGACACAUUUCAGACAGAAGCAGACACAUUUCCAGCAGCAGAAGAAGAGAGUCAGCAGACCAGCAGAGACUCAGACAGCACACACUUUCUGCAGAUCCAGAGGGAGAGGGAUGUUUUCUACCCUGUCCAGCCGUGUCCUGAACCCAGCCCAGUAACAACAUGUACAGACGUCCAUCCAGACACAGAGGAGUGUGUGUCCAUGUGUUUGUUGCACAGAGAUGAAGACCGUCUAAAAGUCAGCGCUGAACUGGACGACGGUGUCUUUAAAAAGCCUGAAGCUCCUCCCCGCUGUGCUGGGUAUAGAGACAGAGGCGUUCGCGUGUCCCGGUCCUCCCCAGAUGAUGCGUUGAUACAAGGAGGCUCCAGUUCCAGUGAGGGGGCUUUAUCACUGGGCACACCUGAAGCUGUGGCCCCUCGGAGCUCCAGACUGUCCUGGAAGUCAGAAACAGAGGACAGAGGAGGAGGAGGAGGAGGAGGGAGAGAAGAAGAAGAGAAAAAAGACCAGCUUCCAGAACAUCCCGUCUCCUCUGCCAUCAUGCGAGUGUCCAUGCGAUCGCUGUCUCCAUUCCGUCGUCACAGCUGGGAGCCGGGCAGAAACAACGCGGCAGCAGACAGUGACAUCACGCAGCGCAGCUCGUUGAAGAGCCUGUCAGGGGAGGUGAAAAGAGCCAAGCCUCCCCUCCAUAGGAGAAGUAUGAGUUGGUGUCCAUCUAACUUGCGACGUCCUGAUCAGGAGCAAAUAGACAACAGAAGCUACAGUCUGGAGGGUCUGGUGGUGGAGAAGGGAGCAGUCCAGGCUCAGUGCCCCAUCCUCAGUGAUCAGAAGGAGAGGACUGUAGGGAGGAGCAUACUCCUGGAGAGCCAGGAGAGAGGCUCGCUGGUGUCCCUCACUGAGGAGGAGCAGGAAGGAGAUGGAAGCAGCAUCGAUAGUCAGACAUCACAUCAGGUACUGUCAAUGACAACCAGCUGUCCUGCCAUGUUCCAUCACAAAACCCUCACCAAAUCCAUCUCUAUGGUUACCAUCAGUCAACGCGAUAUAGAUGGGAUGAGCUCAUUCUCCAGUAACUCUGGCUCACUGGAAUACAGUAUUUCGGAGGAGGAGCCGGGACCUCUGCGUAGCGACACAGAGGGAAAGGGAGGACCUAAAAUCAGUCGGACGUUCAGCUACCUUCGCAGCAAGAUGAGCAAGAAAGGAAAGGAGAAAGAGAAGGAGAAGAGAGGAGAGAAAGAACGAGAGAGUAAAGAGAGAGAAAAGAAGAGUGCCAACGGUCAUCUCUUCAUCCCAGUCAGUCUGUCUCCUUCCACAGGCUGUCAGCACUGCACCAAACUUCUGCACAAUAAAGACACGUUCCUCUGCAAUAACUGUGGAGUCCAUGUCCAUAAGUGCUGCAGAGAGAGUCUGUCUGUUUGUACAAAGAGCAAAACAAAGCAGCAGUCACUGACGACAGAAGCUGUUCCUGGGUCUGCUGUUAACAUGAGGAGUAAAUCUACAUCUUCAACAUCAUCUGUAUCAUCUACGUCCUCCUCAUCGUCACGGGAACGCUUCUCCACCCCCGAUGACCAGCUUCCUGUGGUGUUUCCACGGAGACACCCUAGCAUCUUCAACCAACACAGCAAUUUGUCCAAGAGCAUCUCCACCAGCAACAUAGCAGGGUUAGAUGAGGUUUCACUGAGAGGCCUGAAGUUUCUGUCACAGUCCACUGACUCUCUCCAUCAAGGGAGCAAAGUCAACGCCUCGACUGAGUCACUCACCGAUGAAGGCACUGAAAUGAUGGACAGUCAGCUAAUGGGAGAGUUUGAGUACGACGUCAAAGAUCUGGAGGCUGAUUCUUGGAGCGGCACGGUGGAUAAGAAAUUCUUGAAAGCUCUGAAAAAAGAUGAAGUGAAGAGACAAGAUGUCAUCUAUGAGUUAUACCAGACAGAGUUCCACCACGUGAGGACACUGAAGAUCAUGUCUGAGGUGUAUUAUAAAGGCCUUCAGAAGGAGCUGCAGCUCGACACUCACACUCUGGACAAGAUUUUCCCAGUUUUGGACGAUCUGGUGGACGUGCACACACAUUUCCUCACCCUGCUCCUGGAGAGAAAGAGAGCUUCAUCAGCUAAGGGACAAAACAACAACAGCUUCCUCAUCUGCAGCAUUGGGGACGUCCUGAUCAACCAGUUUUCAGGUUGCAGCGCUGAGGGGAUGAAGAAAGUUUACGGGAAGUUCUGCAGUCGCCACAACGAAGCUGUCAAUCUCUACAAAGACCUGCAUGCCAAAGAUAAACGUUUCCAGGCUUUCAUCAAGAGGACAAUGAGCAGCAGCAUCGUGCGGAGGCUCAGUAUUCCAGAGUGCAUUCUGUUGGUCACUCAGAGGAUCACCAAAUAUCCUGUUCUGAUCCAGAGGAUACUGCAGCACACUAAAGACUCGGAUGAAGACCACAGCUGUGUUUGUGAAGCUCUGCGCUGUGUGAAGGAGCUGAUCACGGCUGUGGACAGUAAAGUCAACGAGCAGGAGAAAAAGCAGAGACUGAAGGAGGUCUACAGUCGCACUGACAGUAAGUCUAUCAUGAGGAUGAAGAGCGGUCAGAUGUUUGCCAAAGAGGACCUGAUCAGAGGGAGGAAGCUGCUGCACGAUGGAGCGCUGCAGCUGAAGAACUCUGCUGGACGACUCAAAGAUGUCCAUGCCAUGCUCCUGUCCGACGUGCUCGUCUUUCUUCAGGAAAAAGAUCAGAAAUAUGUAUUUGCCUCACUGGACCAGCGCUCUACAGUCAUCUCUCUACAGAACCUGAUUGUCAGAGAAGUAGCCAACGAGGAGCGAGGUCUCUUCCUGAUCACAGCUGGUACAGAGAGACCAGAGAUGGUGGAGGUGUUGGCCAGCAGCAAGGACGAGCGCAACACAUGGAGGGCCAUUAUACAGGACGCCAUGCACUGCAUGGAGAAAGACGAGGACGAAGGAGUUCCCAGUGAGACAGAAGAAGACAGGAGGCAGCAGGAGAACAGAGCCAAGGAGAUCCGAGAGCUCCUGCGAAGGAAAGACGAGCAGAUCAUCUCUUUAUUGGAGGAGAAGGUCCACAUCUUCAGAGACCUGAGCGACUGUAAUACUGCCCCUGAAGACACGAACCCACCACUCAGGGAGCGGAUGUUAUUCAGGGCCACACCUGAUGAAAUCACAAAAGGGGAGCCAAUCAUAAAGGACGCCCUGAGGGAAGUUGAGACCCUGCAUGCUUUGGUCAGCAGUGGUGUUGGCGGUGCAGGCUGCAGUGUUCCAGUUUGCCUGACAGGGGGCAGCGUGGGACCAGUCUGUCUGCCCAGGAGAGCUGAGACAUUCGGAGGCUUCGACAGUCAUCAGAUGAACAGCAGCAAGAAUGGAGAGAAGGAAGAGGGGGAUGAAUCACUGGACCUCCGUAGGACUGAGUCAGACAGUGUGUUGAAGAAGGGAGCCACUGCCAGCCUACAGAUGCUGCUGAAGAGAAGUAAUGAGCAGGUUCAGCACAGUGUGACGCAUCUUCACGGCCUGCUGGUUUCACUGCAGGCCGUGGUGGUCCAGCAGGACUCCUUCAUAGAGGACCAGCGCCAGGCUCUGAGCGAGCGGCUCACAGCCAACUCCUCCAGACACUCUUCCUCUUCCUCACUCUCUUCCUCUUCCUCCUCCCGCCCCUCCUCCCUCAUUGAGCAGGAGAAGCACAGGAGUCUAGAGAGGCAGCGGCAGGAGGCUGCGAGCCUGCAGAAACAGCAGGCUGCACACCAGGAAGAGAAGAGGAGGCGAGAGAAGGUGUGGGAGAUGAAGGAGAAAGUUCUGGCAGAGCGGGAGGAGAGGCUGAAGGUGGAGGAGGAGGAGACCAGGAGUAGAAGUCAGGAGCUGACCGAGGAGAGAGAGACGCUGCAGAAGAAGAAGGAGGAGUACCAGAGAGAGCUGGAGAGGCUGAGGGAGGCGCAGAGGAAGCUGGAGAGAGACAAGGAGGCUCUGAGGAGAGACACAGAGAGGCUGGACGCCAUGAAGAGACAUGAGUCAGAGCAGCUUCAGAGGUACGAGCGGACUUCAUCUACCACCUCCGAAGAGUCCCUGAGGUUCCACAGCUCUGGCUCUCUGGAUAUGGAUUUAAAACAAGCAGCAGAGGAGCCAAAAGAGGUGGAGCUCUCAUCCUCUGCCCCAACCAAAGAACCCUUCCUCCGCAUCGGAUCCAAGAGGAUGGGCAAAAACUUUAACCCCUUCUCCUCUUCCUCCUCCUCCUCCUCCUCUAAGCCUCAGGGAGCAGAGAAGGAGUCCCAGCUUCCCACCAGACUGCUGCAGCUGACCAAACCCAAAGAGAAGAAAGACAAGAAGAAGAAGAAGGGGAAAGGAGGAGAUCAGGCACAGACAGAAAGCAAAGUGAUGUCGGAGCCUCAGAAUGAUGGAGACAUCUUCUUCUGCUGAGGACCUGGACCACAUGAAACCCUAACCCUCCUGAGGGACAAACAGGACCCAGACUGUUCCUCAACCCUCUAUUUGGAAUUAAAAUGUGUCUUUGCAAACAGUCUCUGGACUGACUGUGGACCUCAGGGUUCUCAGGAUCACCUGCAUGUGUCCCAGGUAAACAAGCUCCUUACAGAGCCGAAGUGAUGCUGAGCUGAUGUGUCAAUCGGGACGACUUUAAUCAACCAACGUGCCAAGAAUGCAACCUUCCAUCAUUCAGAGAGAGGUGAUGGGGACCCAUCGAGGAUCAAGCGAGAGUAGCGAGAAGGAAUCAUCUUAAUGAUCUCUCCUCAGAGAUCGUGUCACAUGGUGCUUUACGUCAAAUCUGCUCAUCUGUAGCAAGCCUUGGCUUUAACAUCCACCAAUAACAAGUGCCAUUUCUUUAUUAAGUAUUGCUGAUGCUAACUUUAAGUGCUUUGUGAUACUGCUGACUCAUGCCAGUGAGUUUCAGUGAACAGUUCUACAGUCUGACUCGGCUCGAGGAACUUUGACUCUCGUGUGUGAUUUGUGUCUUUGUGUUUGACACAGUGUCCCUUUCAGUCAAGCUAACAAACAGAUGCCACACAACAUGCUGACACAUUCUCACACAGUGUGUGUGUUGUCAGUGUGUACAACAAGGGCAAUCAGUCAGUCAGCUGAGAGAGACGGAUGAAUCCAUGAGACAGACUCGUCCACUGAGCGGUGAAGAUGAGAGCGUCUCUUUUAGUGCCUUAAAUCUCUGAUGUCGUCUUUUCUCUUGACUGUAUUGAAAGCAGUGAUGUAACAAGCAGAGUGAAGCGCGUGCUUGAAGCAGACGUUCUUUAAUUGUGCCGAGGUCAGAUCACCUCCAAAAUCAAGAAAUUCAGAGUUUAUACUUUUAAUCACUUCAUUCACUUCUAUAUUUUAGUUUUUAGUCCUCAUCAUGAGAUGGAGCAGUCAGUGUGGGGUUAUCAGUCCUCUUUAAUCAUCACCGAGUGUGACAAUCAUUGCACAACGACAGGAUCAGGAAGACAGAGAGGUCUACAUGCACUUUAUGUUGAUGACCGAGCGAUGCUGUAUUUGAAUGGGCUGUCAUUUCCUGAUCAUUUAAUCCUAAUCACAGGUCCUUCAGAGACGAGCUGCACUAACACCCUGUCAGGAUACAGUUUUUAUUUUCUUGUUCAUCUAAUUCUAAAUGAAUGAAUAGUAAGUGAAUCUACUGAUCACUGUGUUUCUCCUAGUAUUAGUAUCAGAUGACACAGUUCUAACAAAAACAGAAGCACUUUUGUUUUUACGUCAAAGAUCUGAGACGACUUCUUUCUCUCAAACUUGUUCACAAAAUUCUAACAACAAUUGGCAUAUGCAGAUCAUGCGCACUCACCAGACAUGUUGCUGAUACUUAAGAGUGUAGUUCUGCUACAUGACAGGAGUGAUCUGGAAAUGACAGAACUGUAAAAUAAGCUUCACCCAUGAGAAGAGCAGUACUUAGUAGUUAUGUUGUAGUUGGGCUGAGUCUGAAUUCAGUAUUACUGAAUUCAGACUGUUAAUAUGGAGAUGAUAUGAUGAUAUCAUUUUAAUGUGGUCAUAAAUAAUAAUUCCAAACAAACAAACAAGAGUCCUUCCUGCUGUACUCUUCUUUAAUGUCCAACAGUGAUGUCAGUCACCGUCUGAGUUUCUUCAGACGUUCACACAUGCAGAUUCAUGUUUCUUUGUCACACAUGUUGACAUCAGAAGUGUUCUCAUCAACAUAGUGAUGUUGAGUUCAGGUCAGCCCUUAAAAUGAGACACGACUUUCAACUUUGUCAAGAAAUCAUGUGAGAAAAAAAGCCUGACAGAUAGUUACUGGAGACAUAUUGUAGCUCAGCUUGUUUUCUGAUCUGCUUCACAUUUCAAUCCUUCACGAGUCCAAAGUCCAAAUCUACCCUGAAGGUCUUUUAUUUUGAAACCCAGUGAAUUCAAUCCACGUGACUUCCUCUGAGAGAGGGACCAGUAUCGCUCUUACGAGUACUGGGGAUGACGAGUUCUGUUGACUGAUGGAAAUGUCACAGUCAGUCAAUAUUAACUGCUCAUUUGAUUUUUCUGUAAAAUGUUUAUUGUUUACCUCCCAGGCAUCAUUUGACCAAAGCCCGGUUUGAUCUAGAGUCACACUUGUCUUGCAUUUAUUUUGUAAGAACAAUCCUGAACUAAAGUUAAGCUGAAGUUUAACAUUUUUAGACUUGUUACAAAACAGAUUACUGUUUGAAUUUUAUUGGAAAGACAAUCAUCAGCUCUCUGGAUGGUGAGGGAAUCAGUUCCUCUCACAGGAACUUUUUAGAUCUCAAUAGUUCAAUCCUUGCACAUGCAGACUGUUUA